CCCGCUAUCCUCUACUACCUUGAAUCUGCUCUCCUACGCUUUCGCGCUGGGUCAAGCUUCUCAAUCAAAGCCUUUUCACAAGAAUAAUCAAGUCCUCUAGAUCUCAUCGCUGUCCACAGCCAUUUGGUCGCCCAUCCGACUUGGAGCCUUUCUCGUGACGGCACUACUUCGAAUAUCGAGCACAACGACAGAAUACUAACAGAACACGCCAAACAUCCAGGAACCUUUCGAUAGAGUCUCUUGGAGCUCUCAUCACCUCUUCCCUCGGUGCGCCAAGUUGCACCCGUUGGAGAUUUACAAUUCGUUUUAUCACGAUACCCCACAUACACUACUCAAAAUGGCCACUGCAUCGGUAUCCACCCCCAUCAAGUCCCACAAGGGUCUCUUUUCUUCCCGCACCGCCGGCGGUCGCAUGCCUCUCACACCUUCGCCCCGUCAGCAUUCCGCCUCCGUCUCGGUGAACCUGAACUCUUCCCCCUUCACCCCUGAGAAGCAGUCUGGCAGCGACGCCUACCGCGCAUCAGGCAAGUCAACCUAUGGUGGCAACCUCACUGCCCACUUGGCUAGAUCCACCACCACCAAGUCGUCUCACCGCGACUCUCCCAAGUCCAACAUUGCCAGGGGCGUUUCAACUCCUCGCAGAGCUCUCGAGCUUGGCCUGUCCGAUUUCGCUUUGACCAGCUCCGGAACCUCCAAGACACCUUCCAGCGCCAAGUCCAAGAAAACCUCUCACAGGCAAAAGACCAGCAAGACGACUGUCAACUAUGGCGGUGACCGCUUCAUCCCCAACCGCAGCGCAAGCUCUGCUAUUUCCAACGCCGGCAGCAGCAAGCUCGACCGACCCGACAAGCGCUCAAAGGCCAGCGUGAGCGAAGCAUCCAACGUGCUUUCAUCCGCAACAGAGGAUGCCAUCGCUGCCCUCGAGGGUCUCAACAUUGAGGACGAGGAGCCUUCCACGUACUCUCGUCCUUCUCCCAACACGGUUGCAUACCAAGAUUCUCUCGCAACCGCUUGCGGAGUCAGCCUCAACACCCGCAUCCUGCAAUUCAAGCCUGCGCCCCCCGAAUCUUCCAAGCCCAUCGACCUCCGCCAGCAGUACAACCGCCCUCUCAAGCCUGCGAGCGCCACAUCAGCCCAAUUUCGCCGUCGCGUUGCCACUGCUCCUGAGCGUGUUCUCGAUGCUCCUGGUCUGAUUGACGACUAUUACCUCAACCUUCUCGACUGGAGCUCCGGCAACCAGGUUGCCAUCGGCCUUGAACGCAACGUCUACGUCUGGUCCGCAGACGAGGGAAGUGUCAGCUGCCUCCUUGAAACAAGCCCCGACACGUACGUCAGCAGUGUUAAGUGGUCUGGCGACGGUGCGUAUGUCGGUGUUGGUCUUGGCACCGGUGAGGUUCAGAUCUGGGACGUAGCCGAGGCCCAGAAGGUCCGUAGCAUGUUCGGUCACGAUACCCGGGUCGGUGUUAUGGGCUGGAACAAGCACCUUCUGUCCACUGGUGCUCGCAGCGGACUGGUCUUCAACCACGAUGUCCGCAUUGCCGAGCACAAGGUUGCAGAGCUGGUCUCUCACACUUCAGAAGUCUGCGGUCUGGAGUGGCGCUCGGAUGGCGCACAACUGGCCACUGGAGGCAACGACAACCUCGUCUCUAUCUGGGACGCCCGCUCGCUCUCUGUGCCCAAGUUCACCAAGACCAACCACAAGGCUGCUGUCAAGGCCCUUGCGUGGUGCCCCUGGAACAUGAACCUUCUGGCUACGGGUGGUGGCUCUUAUGAUCGCCACAUCCACUUCUGGAACUCCACUUCUGGUGCUCGCGUCAACAGCAUCGACACUGGCUCCCAGGUCACCAGCCUGCGAUGGAGCCCUCACUACCGUGAGAUUGUCAGCUCUAGCGGCUUCCCCGACAACUCCCUGAGCAUCUGGAGCUACCCUACGUUGGUUCGCAACGUCGAGAUCCCUGCACACGAGAGCAGAGUCUUGCACAGCUGCCUCAGCCCUGACGGUCAGAUGCUUGCUACCGCAGCUGCCGAUGAGAGUCUGAAGUUCUGGAAGGUCUUCGAGAAGAAGGCCGGUGCCAGUGCCGGUGUUGGCAGCAGCACAUCUUCGGCCAAGGCAGACAUGGUCAAGCAGAUGACCAUCCGGUGAACGGUCCACCAUCGACCAAGCCUGGCGAAUGUCGGUCAAACGACGUCAAUAAAUGUAGGUAUAUCUCCUCUGGCAUUUGUCGGUCAUGGGUUCCUGGCGGUUGGGGUCAUCUUCAGCGAGGAGUUUGGUUUUAUUGCAUCCGACUCUACGUGGCACGAAAGGGCUUCUCCACGGGAAACGAAAUUGCUUGGUCAUGAGUAACGACAGAAG